UGGAACCUCUUAGGUGUUUCGGAAUUACUGGUCUCCAUGUUAACUGCGCCUGCUAGAGGAAGUCGGUCACCAGUUAACAAGGGAGCCGCUUACUUCAUAGCACCGUAUAAAGGACCAUGUCGGCUCCGGUGGUGGUCACUGUGCGGCUCAUCCGAUCCUUCGAGCACCGCAACUUCAAACCUCUGGUGUACCCGGAGGUGAGUCUCGACCAGCGGGUACAGGACUUCAUCCAGAUGGUGCGAGAGGAUGUUGAGACGAGAUCAGGACUUCCUCCUCCAUUUAGGAAACACAGCUAUGACACGAUGAAAAUCAUCCACCAUGCUCACGGAGCAAAGACAAAUGAGCUGGUGAUGAGUUUGGACGACGACGAGAAGCUCAUUCUGCGAAGUGACCAGACCCUCAGAGCUGCCGGAGUCGCUUCAGAAACCGAAGUGGCUUUCUUCAGGAAAGAAGACUACGAAGCGUACAAAGCAAACCCCCGCACCUCCUGGUGAGCGCCGUGAGGAGCGCGCAGCAGCAGCUGCUACAGGAUAAAAAGACUAAAACAACUCUGUCUUCAUGUUCAGGCCAAAGAGAGUUUAUUUGUGGGUUGUAUUUUUUUUUAAGGUGUGUCUUAUUUUCUAUCAGCCUGGUGUGAGUUUUUCUGUUUUGAUGAUAUUUUCUGUGUGGAAAUCGGUACAACAUGUUUUGUUUUGGUUUUUAAAUAAAGGUUUAAAGGUGAAUAAAGUCUAAAUGCUCUUU